UUUUUUUUUUUUUUUUUUGUGUGUGUGAGAGCUUGUAUUUUGUGUUUGAUUUCUGUUUGUGGUUUUUGCUUGUAUUUUUUCUGGAGACAACCCUAUUGAUGACUCUAGUUGCCAUUACACAACACAAAAUCCAACAGAACUACAGUGUUCAUAAUUUUUUCUCAACAUAAAUUCUACAAGCUCUAGCUAGCUGCUGCUGCUGCUGUUGUUCUUGUGCUCGUCCUCGUCUCACUCCCAAAUCCCAAUUCUAAACCCCACGCCUCAUUCAAAGCUCAAAACCCAGAGAAUUAAUUCAACCAAUACGAUCGAGUUUUCUGAUAUGGAUUUUGGGCUACAAUUGAAACCCGGGUCAGGUCCACAACAAUGGCGGGGUUAUUCUCAUUAGGUGGAGGAGGGCGAGGAGGCGAUAACCAAGAAGAAAACAACAACCAAAGCAGCGAGAUUCCACCAGCGGAGACCCUAUUCUGGUACAGCAAAAACGACGACGUUUCAUCCUAUCACCGAGGGUUUGAGCUAUGGAACCAGCAUCAGGAGCACCAGCACCAUCACCACGCGAUGCAUCAUCCACAUGCGCGUCCACUCCUGCAGCGAGAUCUUUACUCCUCCGGAGUGGGACCCAGCCGCGGCGGCAUCUCCGAUGAUCACUCGUCGUCGAGAUCGGCGGCGUUCGUGGCGAUGCGCGCAGCCGGGGCCGAGGGAGGAGGAAUAAGCUGUCAGGAUUGCGGCAACCAGGCCAAAAAAGACUGCCCUCACAUGCGGUGCAGGACGUGCUGCAAGAGCCGCGGCUAUGACUGCCAAACCCAUGUGAAAAGCACAUGGGUUCCGGCUUCUAAACGCCGUGAGCGCCAACAGCAGCUCAUGGCGUUACAUCAGCAACAGCAAGAACAACAACAACAGAGAGACAUCUCCAAGCGGCCGAGGGAUUCUCGUUUGUCCUCGUCAGGGUUAGAGGAAGAAGGGCAUUUUCCUUCUGUGGUUAGUUCUCCAGCGGAAUUCAGAUGCGUGAGGGUUAGCUGCGUGGAGGACUCUGAUGAUAGAUACGCAUACCAAACCGCUGUGAGCAUUGGAGGACAUGUGUUCAAAGGAAUCCUCUAUGACUAUGGUCCUGAGAAUAGUAACAACAACAACAGUAAUAAUAAUAGUAAUAAUUACAUGGCUGGAGAAACCUCUGCUGUUGCUGCAACAGCUCAGCCCUUGAACCUUGCUGCUGCUGCUUCUUCAGCUGCACUUAUUGAUCCUUCGUCUUUGUAUUCAGCUCCGGCUAACGCAUUCAUGGCUGGUAGUGGUACGCAAUUCUUCCCUCACACAAGAUCUUGAAAAAGGAAAAAAAAAAACAAAGAAAACGGGGAUUGCGUGUUGGUUGUGUCUCACUCUCUCACAGUUCUUCUCUUUCACACCAACUUUGUGUUUCUAGUAGCAUUUGAUGAUGAUAUUGUUGUUGUUGAUGAGAAUGAGGCCUUGUGGUAAAUUUGACACUCAUAUUUUGAAGUGGGAGAGGAAAAAGAAAAGACAGGAGAGAAAAAUAUAUAUAUAUGGAUGGAUGUUUAUUUUUAUUUUUUUUGUGCAAAUUAUUAAUGCUUAGUUCAAAGAUAGAUCAUUCUUCUCCAUGUUGAAAAACUAGCUCUAAAGUUUACUUGUUUCUUAGCUUUGUACGAUAUAAGGACACAUCUGGUUCUAAUGUUGUAGUUUGGUGUAGAGUGUGUCUU